AUGGCUUUUGACACGACAUAUAGGAAAAAUGCAUACAACAAACCAUUACUAAUCUUCGUCGGGGUGAACCAUCAUUUCAGAACAAUUGUUUUUGCAGUUGCAUUGUUAUACGAUGAGACGGAGGAGACAUACAUAUGGGUUUUACAAGAGUUCUUAGAGUGCAUGAAAAACAAGGAACUGCAUGUUAUUGUCACCGACGGAGACCACGCUAUGGCAAACGCAAUAAAGGUAGUCAUGCCCCAGUCAGUCCACCUUUUGUGUGCGUGGCACCUUCAGGCCAACUUAACCAGCAAUGCACCUCACCCAGUUUUCAAGGAAAAAUUCAACGAGCUCCUUUAUCAAUAUUGUACCAAGGAACAGUUUAAGGAUACAUGGAACAAUAUGGUCUCAGAAUUCCAUCUUCAAGAAAGUCGCUGGGCAAAAACAACUUACGCCAACCGUAAAAGUUGGGCUGAGUGUUUCCUUCGAGGAAACUUCUUCGCGGGUCUUACAACCACCCAAAGGUCCAAGUCAAUCAAUUCCUACCUAUCGUACUUCCUCACGAGCAAACUUAAGCUUAGGGAUCUUGUCGGCCAAGUUGAUGCAGCCAUACAGAACAUUCGCCACACCGAAAGGGAGGAUGACUUCAUCAGUAACCACACUUCGCCCAGUAUACCAACAAAUGUCCUCCACCAGUACUACCAACAAGCUGCCUCCAUUCUUACCAGGACCAUGUACGAAAAGGUGGCAGAGCAAAUCAGUAGUGCUCUUUCAUACUCAGUUGACUCUGUAGAUGUAACAGUUAACAGUCAGUCGUACUACUUGACACGUUUCCCAAAAGGACUAGUACGGAGUCAAGUGAACUACAACACUGACCAUGGACACAUCUAUUGUACAUGUAUGAUGUUCGAGUUCGAUGGAAUUCCAUGUCGUCAUAUAUUCGCUGUUAUGAAGCACUUGAACAUACCUUGCAUUCCAGACUUUCUGUUUAAGGCUAGAUGGAGGAAGGAUGCUAAGAGCUCGGUUGAAUUGAAUGGUUUCCCCCAUUCUAGGGUGAUCGCUGAUGUGUUGGUAUGUACAAGAUGGGGAUCAUUAACAUCACAAUUCAAUGCAAUGGGAUACUUUGCGACCAAGCAAAGAGACACUUACAAAGAGGCCAUGAAUGAGAUGUCUCGGUUGGAGAAGAAAUUUAAGUCAAUGUGCUUCAAAUUUUGUAAUCAAUCCGGUGACGGAAACAUUGAGCAAAAUGAGAACCACUCCCACCCAUCUAACAGAGUGAUCCGAGAUCCAGCUUUAAUUCGGACUAAGGGGAGGGAACCUAAUAAAAAGUCAAAAGGAAAGGAGAAGGAGCAUGAUAACAAGGUGGCUAACAAGAGAAGAUGCAGAAACUGCAACGAGUUAGGGCACAACAGGGCAACUUUCAAAGUUCAACCUCAAAUUCAAAUGACGCAAAAAAUUCAACCAUUUUCUAAGUUUCCAUCCACAGAAGCAAGUGUAUGUUGUGGCUUCAUCCAGCCUGGAGAAAGCAAUGACGAUGGCAAUAAUGAAACAUCUACACCAUGGUAA